AUGGAAUCUCUUGUUAUUGCUGCUGGGUGUGACCAUGCAGGAAUUAACUUUAAGCAGCAGCUUAUACAGCAUAUGCAAAGCAAAGAUGCAACGAUAAUUGAUGUUGGCUGCUUCCCUGGAGAGGUUGUUGACUAUCCAAUAUAUGCAAAAGCUGUAUGUGAUAAGAUUAAUCAAAAUCAAGCCCAAUAUGGAUUAAUUGUAUUUGGAGAAGGGGAAUAAUAAAAUGGCUAAGCAUGGAAUUAAUUAUCUAAAAGAAGAAUUACACCUCCAUGAAUUUUAUUUAGGGUCAGUUUUUAAGGUGAACAUUUUUAACCCAGGGAAACCGAUAUUGAUCGGCUUGGACUGGGAGAAUGCCUAGCAACUCCUCGAGUUGGUUUCAACUCAAGGCAACUAACCAAUUCAAACCGAUCAAUACGGCUCCUGGGCUAUAUCCACAAUGCCAAACAUGGAUUAACGUAUAGAUGAUUCAGCUGGCCCAAGGGAAAAGCAGGCAUAUAGUUUUAUUGGCACACCCGAGAAGGACGACACUCAUGUGAAAUGGAGCCAAAUUAGAGAAGCGAGUCAUCGCGACCAGUGAAGACUUUCUAGCCCAUUAAUGGGUCCUCUGGAAUGCUAGGCGACAAGAUAGCGGUUGACAUAAUCAGUUAAAAGUUGAAAGGGAGGCUCUAUAUUACUCCCUGUAGAAAAGAAUAUGACUUUAAAAAUCUGAGUAAUUAAGUUAGCUUAAGUAUGUGGAGGAGGUAUGGCAAGUUCAAUGGCUGCCAAUAAAUUCCUUGGAAUUAGAUGUGCUUUAUGUCAUGAUUACUGAACUGCCGAAACAUCGAGAAAAAAAUAUAACUGCAAUGUAAUUGCAUUAGGGGAAAGAACAAUGUCGUAUUGGGUUGCAGAAGAAAUUGUAGAUAUAUUUUUUGCCACUAAAUUUGACAGUUGUGAAGAUAACCGAAGAAGAAUAAAUUUAAUUGAUUCAUUAAUUUAA